AUGAAGUCAAACGUCGAUGAUCCAAGUAAUUCUGAUAAGGUACUAAAGUGUCGUUUGGGUGUGUUAGGUGCUGAGUGUUGUAGGUUGAUGGAUGUUGCAUGUAAGAACUCAAGUGAUUUUGUCAAAGCAAUGAAUGAUGUUGUCAACUCAAUUACAAAACUCCAAAAGCGAGGUGAGAAUCCACGCAAAGGUAAUUUAGACGAUAACUAUGUUGUUGACCCAUUGGUGGUGAAGAGUAAGGGAGCUCCCAAGAAAAACUCAAAAUUUAAGCAACGUAGAAGGUGUUCAAACUGCGGUGUGAUAGGACACUACAACAAAAGUUGUCCUAAUGUUCCUGGUAGAAUCUCAAAGGAGCCAGUAGACGAUGAUACAGAAAAGAAUAUCAAAAGCAGAUCAGAACAGACGCGCGUUCUACUUCCUCUUCUCUUCGAACGCUACUCUUCCUCCCUCCACCGCCCUAACCCACGCCUUCAGAAUCAGAGACGUCAUCGAACUGCCGUUCCCCAGGAAGCCCCAAAUCGCACCAUCAUCGCAAGUCACCAGGAAGCCCUAAAUCGAAACUCACCAUUGUCGCGCCAUCAUCGUCGUUGCAUCCUUCCCAAAAUCGUCGCUGCCUCCUCCUUCCCGGCAUCGCUGAGUCUCUCCUCUCCGCGGCAUCGCUGCUUCUUCCCUCUCUACGGCUUCAGUUCUUCUCCGUUCUCCACGGUGUCCUUGCGCCUUCUGCUUUGCUGCUUCUCCCCUGUUCUGCCUCGCUGCUUCUGCUUCACUGGGUUGUGCUUCGCUGCUUCUGCUUUGCUGCUGCUGCUUUACUGCAUCGGCCGUUUGUGGGUUGUCAUCUAUGGUUUGCAUAUAAAAUCUAUGGGUAAUGACACCUCUGCUGUGCCACCAUCUGCUAUAUGCAUGCAAUGCAGUUGAAGUAUUUUCUUUUUCUUCUUUGAUUCAUUGUGCUAUUAAAUUAUAGAGAUAUGCUUAGCAGCUUAGCUAUGGU